CCCAGCAUCUGCAGUCAGGCUAAAGCUGUUGUUGAGCAACAUCUGGAGGGCAAUGAAAAGAUGGACAUCACUGCAUUUGCAUAUGAAAGACACAUUUGCUGAUAUCAGCACAGCAUCUUUAUCCUGCAAAUGGCACGUGCUGGAAAUGCUGGGGGCUCAGUGCUAUAAGAAAUGGGAAGGACUGACACUUCCAGCACAGGUUCUGCACGUCAGGAGUCAUUUCCAGAUUCUUCUUCACGUGACCGGGUACCACUCCAUCCAGAAGCAGCUCUUUUCUUCGAGACCUGACAACUGAUUGGCUGCUGUGUGUACUCCUAUCUGCAUAACAAUGACAGCAUUGCCAUAGGCUGAAAGCUGUUCCUAAAGAGACAGCUGCUACCUGUAGCUCGUGUGCCUGAACACAGGAGAGGAGAUGCUCAGCUUAGACCGAUGGCUUCUAAUGAUAAGCAUAAUGAAAAGACUGUGGAAGAUCUUCAGCCAGGGGACCUGAUUGAAAUAUUCCGACCUGCUUACCAACACUGGGCUCUGUACCUUGGUGAUGGUUAUGUCAUCAAUGUGGCUCCACUGGAAGAGACUGCUGCUGCUUCACUCUCAAGUGCCAAGUCAGUGUUUAGCAGAAAAGCUCUUGUUAAGAUGCAGCUUCUAAAGGAUGUAGUGGGAAGCAAUACUUAUAAAGUGAACAAUAAAUAUGAUGAUAAAUAUACACCUUUGCCAGCUGAAGAAAUUAUCCAACGGGCAGAACUUCUUAUUGGCCAGGAAGUAUGUUAUGACCUCCUUGGGAACAACUGUGAGCAUUUUGUAACCCUACUUCGCUACGGUGAAGGAGUGUCUGAUCAGGCCGAUAGAGCUAUUGGAGCCAUUGGGUUUGUCACGGCUGCUGCAGGAGCAUUCUCACUACUUGGCAUGUUUCAAAAUAAGUCAAGGCAAGGACAGCGUUAAAAUGAACAUUUUUAGCAUAUAGACGGAUUUUAAAAAUAAAUGGAAAAAACUCAUAUCUUAGUGUGUUACAUUUCUUCCUAUGAUGCAUUGUUUUAUUCAAUAUUUACAAUAAAAAAACUAGAACCAUAA